AUGCUCUACCAGGUGAGCUACGAGGCCACACCGAUAGCACUGAUCUGUUUCACAUUCGAAUUUACCCAUCCAACUUACAGAGGCAUGUGGCAUCCACCAGUUAGCAUCGUUAACUUGAACAGCGCCGAGGGUGGUGUAUUGAGCAAGGGCACUUUCGGCAGCGGGAAUGUGCGCAGCACGGUCGAAUUGGGCGGUUCCAGCGGUUCCACCGGGAACGAGGGUGGUGGUCGCCAAGGUGGUUGUGCGUGCUAA